AUGCUUGUGGAUGAUGGAAAGGCGCAAUGUAUUGGCAAGGAAGAUGAGUUUUUGUUUGACGAUUUCGUAUAUACGAUUCAUCAUCUCCCUUUUUCUUCUUUUUGUGAUAAUUGGGUUGAUAUAGUUUCUAUAGAAAAUGAGACCGAUGAAACUCAUUGUGAACAAUGGCCAUGUGUAAAUCCAUAUACACGUUGUAAUGGGGCAUGGCAGUGUCCAAAAGGAAUUGAUGAAAUUAAUUGUUCAUCGAGUUUUCAAUGUCCUGCAAAUUAUCAUCCUUGUUUAUCUCCACAGAGCCGCAAGAUGGAUUGUUUGCACAUAAAUCGUAUUGAAGAUGGGAUUAUUGAUUGUCUUGGAUCGACAGAUGAGCGAUCUCAUUGUAGAUUACAACAACCAGAAAAUGAAUUUAUGCGUUAUCGCUGUUGGAAUGAUACAAAAUGUACUUCAAUUACGCGUGCCUGUGACGAUUGCGAUAAGUCCAACGAAUUUGAUCAAAUAUGUGAUAGAAGACAGGCAUUCUUUCAUAAAUCAUCAAGUAGUUUUCCUCCAGUCCAACCGUCAUUAUCAAUUCAUAAGCAGACACAAAAUGAUAUGAUAACAACUGAGAAGAUAUCUGCUAUUGAGCAUAACAAUGAUCCAAGAUUAUUGUUAUGCAAUAAAGGAUUUGUAAUUCUUGUUGGUAAAAAUGAAACAGAACAAUGUCUUUGUCCAGAGAGUUAUUAUGGUGAUCUUUGUCAGUAUCAAAAUCAGCGCGUCAGUCUCACUAUUCGAUUACGUCAAGAAAAUUUAAAAAAUAUAAAUGUAAUUGGUAUUAUUAUUAGACUUGUUGAUCAUACUGGUUUUGUUCAUUCUUAUGAACAAAUUACAUACAAAUCAGUAAUUAAUUGUAAUUCGAAAUAUAAUAUGCAUCUUCGUUAUCACAAUCGUCCGAAAGAUAUGACGAAGAAUUAUACAAUCUAUAUUGAUGCAUAUGAUAAAGUAAAUCUUGCUUAUAUUACAAGUUGGAUAUUUCUAGUAAACUUUCUUUUCAUGCCUGUUAAUCGUAUGAGUGCUCAAUUGAUAAUUCCAGCAAAACAAGAUUGUCAUUUAUUAUGUAGUGACAAAUAUCUAAAAUCAUUAACAAACGAUAAUAUGCAAUCUUGCCGAUGCUCAAAUUGGGCAAAUUCAUUUUCUACGAUACAACACAAGUGUGAUUGUUCAUCAAACUCGAUCUGUGUUGGUUUUAAAGAAAAUCGAUCAAUUUGUCUAUGUCCUUUAAACAAAACAGGACCUCGAUGUUAUCUUAAUUCAGUCUGUCGAAUGAGUAACGCAUGUAUGAAUAACGGUAUUUGUGUACCACAUGAUUCUCGACAAUCUUUAACUAACUUUACAUGUGUUUGUCCAAAUGGAUUCUCUGGCGAACUAUGUGAAAAGGCAGAUAUAAGAAUAGAUCUGUCGUUUUCUAAUGUAGAAGCUCCACAAUCUCUACUUGUUCAUUUGAUUAACGUUGUGCCACGCGGUGUUACAAGCGGAAAAAUAGAACCUAUUCAGGUAACUAUGUUCAAGAAAAUUCUGUUCAAUGAAAAAACUAUAACUUUACACAUGUCAUUACCCUUUCAUCUUGUUUUCGUCGAAUUCAAGAAUAUGUAUUAUCUUAUCAUCCUUCAACAUGAUUAUACACCUUCAGUUAUUUUUUCUACACAAAUCUCUCAAUCACAACGUUGUCGACACAUAAAAGAAGUAUUAGAUGAAGUCAAAGCUGGUUAUCCACAUCUUCGUCGUGUAAAAUACUACCAGGAUAUAUGUCAAAAUCAUUCUGAUCUUACUUGUUUUCAUGAUAAUUAUACGUUUAUGUGUUUAUGUACAGAAGAAAGACAAGCGAAUUGUUUUCAUUUUAAUUUUAAUAUGACUUACGAUUGCAAAGGUGAAAAUGAUUGUCAAAAUGAUGGACGGUGUUUUCAAGAUCACCCACAUUGUCCAAAACAAAAAAUGUGUGUUUGUCAAGAAUGUUUUUA